AUGGCACUUUAUACUACCAUUGAGGGGAUCUUGAAAUCAAGAACAGAAGAACAAGCCAGGAUUUACCAUGCAGUUCAACUCUGCACAGAAAUUACUGUCUUAAAAACCCAGCCAAGAUCGUCUCCUUGUCUUCUGCCAGAAGAGAAUCUACUUACAGAUGCAUCAAUAGUGGAUAAAGAAGAAAUGGAUCUUCUCGAAAAAGCUCUUGAAAAAGCAUUGCAACAAGAGGUUAUAAAAUGGACACAGUUCAAACACAAGGAAAUUAGGUUGUGGGACAAGGUUCUAGCCUUGGAGAAGAAACCUGUGAGUGGGAGGGAUCAGUUCAUAACAAGAAUGAGAGGCAUGUUCCCCGGGAUACGGCCAUGUAGUAGCAUGAAAAGAAUUCAAGCUCUGGUGAACAGGCCCUCUCAACAAAGGCAAGAUUCUCCAGACGGACAGCCAGAUGAUCUACAGACACCAGAACAUGACUCAAAGCAAGAGUGGGAAUCAUGGGAUCGAUGGAGGCCAGUGUGGGGUGGUCUUUGCCUCACGAGGGCUGACGAUGUGAGGGAUGAAGGGAGAACGGCACCUCUGCCCAUGACCGUUACAUACUCAACAGAGAGAGAGCUUACAGCGCUGGGGACGCUGAGGAUGAGUGUAGCACUGCUGCAACAGGAGCUUUGUCUAGAAACGACCUUGUCAGAAACUUUGUCUCCACAAUUUUGUUCAGUCAUACGAGGACCAUUAAAUCCCAGUCUUCUGAGAGAUCUUUAUUCUGUGCUGGGGGAAGGAGGGGAGCGGUUUCCUGCUUUAGUACUUGACUCUGAACCUGACUCCUGA